CGCCGAACAGUUUUGCUAUUUUCGCUGACAAUCUGACAAUGAGCUUGUAAAGAUCAGGCUUGUAGUGAAGCAUGGCGCAGUGAUGAUGUUUUGCUGGAAAAAUUUUAAAAUUACGUACCACACAAGCAUCAUCGGUAUAUUUUUAUUUUGAUUAAAUUUCUCUUUCAAUCGACGAUUCAUCAUGGACGAGCAGGCUUGCCCUCGAUGCAAAACGACGAAGUACCGCAACCCAUCCCUGAAGUUGAUGGUCAAUGUGUGCGGACAUGCCCUGUGCGACAGCUGCGUGGACCUGCUGUUCUUGAAGGGCUCAGGGUCGUGCCCAGACUGCGGCGUGCCGUUGCGGCGCAGCAACUUCAGGGUGCAGAUCUUCGAGGACCCUUUCGUGGAAAAAGAGAUGGACAUCAGGCGGCGCGUGAUGAGGGACUACAACCUCAAAGAGGAGGACUUUGCGAACCUGCAGGACUACAAUAAUUACUUGGAGGAGGUGGAGAGGAUCGUGUACAACCUGACAAACAACAUCGAAAUCGUCAGCACCAACCAGAGCAUCGACAGGUUCAAGCGUGAGAACAAGGACCUGAUCGCCAAGAACCGCAUCAGGUCCGGCCGCGAGGAGAUCAUCCUGGAGGAGCUGUUAGAAGAGGAGAAGAUACUGGUGGAGAGCCGCAAGAGGGCCAUCGCACAUGAAGAGAUGCUGGAGAAAAAGAAGAAAAUGCGUUCAAAAGAGGCGCUGAUCGACGAGCUCAUGUUUUCCGAGCAGAGCGCAGCCAGCAUCGUCGAGACGUUCAAGAAGCGCAAACUGGAGGAGCAGGAGGAGAUGGAGCGGCAUCGAGAGCCAUCGCCGCCGCCCCUGGUGGCCGCCACGCAGUUCUCCACGGGCAUCAAGUUCAGCCAGCGCAUUCCCAAGGACGGUUUCCUGCCAGUGCCUAAGGAAGACGACACACCGCUCUUCAAGUACGAACCGCUUGUGUUGACGAGGAAUGGACCAUCAGCGCCCACUUGGGAGGAGGUCACGGAGAAGAAGUACAUCAACCACGUCAGGGAGUCCUCAGUGGUGGAGAGGGCCGGCGGCUACCUGCCGCAGCUCGCGUGUCUCAGGGCGCUUGAGGAGGCCUUUGAUGGACUUAGAACUGUGGCUGUUGCCAGAUGGACAGGCCAAGUUGCGUGAAACUCUGUUUUAAUUGUUUUGUGUCGCCUCACUAAGUUAGGAAAAAACUAGAAAUAUAUUUUGAAAAGAAUUAAAACAUAAGAGAAUGUCGCUCAGGAA